AUGUUAGGUUGCCCAUGUCACGACUGCGAUGGAGCCACGAGCUGUGUUUUCACAACAAAGGUGCAGAAACACUCCGAACAAGUAACGUAUUUGCUAUCGAGUGCGCAAGAUGCGGUCACACUGAUUGUUGGCCAGACGAAGGCUCGUAUUGUCUGCCACAAGAUCCUGUUGGCCUACUACUCGGGAUAUUUCAAUGGCCUCCUAUAUGGCAGCUUCGCCGAGUCAGCCCAGGCCGAGAUCACGCUUCUAGACGAUGACAAGGAUGAUAUGCGAGCUUUCGUAAACUGGGUGUACACUGGCAAUAUCUUUACCUGCCACCCAGUGUCCGGACAAACGUAUGGCGCGCAAACCAAAGAUAUGGUUGAUUUCAAAAGAAUUCCCGAACGAAUGUGGGUGUUUGGAGACCGUUUGCUGGCCCCGAGUUAUUCGAAUGACUCUAUGCUCGCUAUCAUGAGUAAGUAUCGGAUUAUGUUUCUCUUUCCCGAUGCAGCAGCCUUCGUUUACGAAAAUACGGUCUCGGAAUCGAAAUUGAGAUCUUUCAUCAGAGUCCUCAUUCGCAGCGAGGGUCCACUUGCCAGGUCUGAUUCUUCUCCCUUCCGUCCCAGUGUUUCUGAUUGGCAGAAGAUUUUGUCAAAGAAUGGGGAGCUUCUGAGUGACUGUAUCCUCUAUGGUCUCGCAAACAAGGAUGUUGACAAUAUCCCAUAUGGAGCGGGAAAUCGACACUUAUACUUCGAAAAUGAUCCCUCCCCUCCUGUAGCCGACUGGUUUGAGGCGAAGGGAACACAAAAGUAG